AUGAACGCCUCCAGGCUGGCCGCCGCCAAUACGCCCGACGCGGAGAGGGCCUUCUUCGUCGCGGACCUCAGUCAGGUGUACAGACAGCACGAGCGUUGGCGCAAGUGGUUGCCCGAGAUCGAGCCUCACUACGCCGUGAAAUGCAACCCGGAUCCGUACGUGCUGCGCCUCCUCGCGGCCCUCGGCGCUGGCUUUGACUGCGCCUCAAACGGCGAGAUCUCGCACGUGCUCAGCAUCGGCGGGAUUGACCCCUCGCGCAUCGUAUUUGCGAACCCGUGCAAAGCUGCGUCGUUCAUCCGGAGCGCCGCGCGGGCGGGUGUUGACAAGAUGACAUUCGAUAACGCGGAUGAGCUGCACAAGAUCGCGCGCAUCCACCCCGGCGCGAAGCUCAUCGUGCGCAUCCUUGCGGACGACUCGAAGAGCAUCUGUCGUUUUGGCAUCAAGUUUGGUGCACCCCUCGAGGUGGUGCCGAGCCUGCUUGCGAAGGCGAAGGAGCUUGGGCUGAACGUGGUCGGCGUCAGCUUCCAUGUCGGAAGCGGGUGCUAUGAUCCGACGAUCUAUGCGGACGCGAUCCGCCGUGCGCGCGACGUGUUUGCGAUGGCAGAGGAGGCGGGAUAUCACUUCACCCUCUUGGACGUCGGCGGUGGUUUCGAGGACGCUCUAUUUGAGCGUGCCGCUGUUGUCCUCACUGAAGCGAUUGACGAAUAUUUCCCCUGCCGGGACGAUAUUAGCAUUAUUGCAGAGCCUGGACGCUUCUACGUUUCUAGGGCGUUCAGCCUCGCUGCGAACAUCAUCGCCCGGCGUGCGGCGGCCUCGGCUGAUGUCCAAGCCCAGGCACCUACCCCACCACCCUCGCAAGAGGCCGAAGAGCAACAACCCUCAGUGAUGUACUACAUCAAUGACGGUGUCUAUGGCGCCUUUAACUGUGUCAUGUUCGACCAUCAGACCGUCCACCCAUACGUGCUCUCCAUGGGCGGAUCUUUCCAUUGCCCUGCGUCGGAGGCACUUGCGCUGAGCAGCGUCUGGGGGCCGACGUGCGACUCGAUCGACUGCGUGUGCAAGGUGGUGGAGCUGCCCGCCGCCCUUCGCGUGGGCGAUUGGCUGGGCUUCGAUAACAUGGGCGCGUACACGAUCUGCGCUGCGAGCCAGUUUAAUGGGUUCGAGCUCAGCGAUGUGAUUUACACGAGCGGAACUGGGGCCGCCGGGGAGGAGGUCAGAGCGGUGUUGCGGCGCUUUGCGCACGAGAUCGGGGAGAGCGUGUGA